AUGGAGCUGGCAGAGGGGGUUGAGACGGGCCCAGCCUUAUCUCGCCCUUUACCUGCCAGCCCCAGUGCCUCUUCUCAGGCGGCGGAAGCACGCGUAGCGGUUUCUUCCCCCCAGAGAGAGGCACCCGCGCUUUAUCUCUCUUCCUCUGAGGAGGUUGAUGUGAUGAGCGUGGGGGAAGAGGAACCGCCAUCCUCUUCCCCAGCACAUGAGGAGCUCUUGGAGGUAGUGACCAGGGCUGUGGCCAAAUUAAAAAUUGACUGGCCAGCAGAGCGGGCAGAUACUAGACCAAAGAGUAAGCUGGAUGAGCGCUUUCUGCCCGCUCGGUCACUACCUCAGCGUCGGGGUUUGCCCUUCUUUCCGGACCUCCACACCGAGGUCUCGAGGUCUUGGAAGAAGCCGGCAUCAUAUCGCGUCUUCAGCCCCCAGACCUCAAUGUAUAGUAACAUCGUGGGGCUGAAGCAGCAAGGCUAUGCGGCGAUGCCUCGGGUGGAAGAGAUGCUUGCGGGCUAUCUCUCCCCCGAGUCUGCAUCGUCGCUGAAAACCCCGACGUUGCCCACCAAGCCAUUAAAAACUACAUCAGGCUUGGUGGGCAAGGCUUAUGCGGCAGCAGGUCAGGCGGCGGCAUGUCUACAUACCAUGUCGCUCCUACAGGCAUAUCAAGCCGACCUGCUGGGGAAAGUGGAAAAUAGCGGGGAGGCCACGUAUGAGUGCAUCCAGGAAAUCAGGAUGGCAACUGACCUGGCUCUCCGUGCCACCAAAGAGACGGCAAAAGAAAUCGGCCGCUCUAUGGCAGCAUUGGUGGCUACGGAGAGGCACUUGUGGCUGAACCUCUCGGACAUAAGGGAGCGUGACAAAGCCUCCCUUAUGGACGCGCCACUGUCUCCUGCGGGCCUCUUCGGCGACGCCGUUACAACAGUCGUCGAGAGGUUCCAGGAGGCUAAGAAACAAUCUGCGGCGUUCCAGAGAGAGCUUGGGGAUCGGGUCGGGCCGCUCAGCCGAAGCCUUCUAGGGGUACUUCUAGGUCAGGAACCGAUGAGGGCGGCCCCCUCCGAAGGGAGCCGGCGAAAAAUACAUCUAAAAGCCGCUCCCCUUCGGCGCCCUCAGGGGAUCGUUAUGCCAACCCUGCCACCCAGUGUGCGUCAGGGCGCAGCGGUCUCCACCGACCCUCCGAGGAGGGCCGGCCACUUGAUUCGAUUGUUCUCUGCCGGUGCGCCGCUUCAGAGCGUCGAAUCAGGUGCUCAAAAAACACCAGAGGCCAGUCUCAAGAGACUGGUUCCCUUAGUAAAUUUUCUGGUAGAAUGGAAACUUCUUCCGAAUAUAUCAAAAUGGGUGCUGCUCACUAUAAAAGAGGGUUACAAGAUCCAGUUCGGGUCUCGCCCGCCCAGAUUCAACGGGGUUCUUCCCACAGUGGUAACCCCCGAGCAGUCUCUGGUUAUGGAACAAGAAGUUGCGACACUUUUGCGAAAAGGAGCUAUAGAAAGGGUUCCUCCUCCCAGCAAUCAGUCAGGGUUCUACAGCCGUUACUUCAUUGUUCCAAAGAAGGAUGGAGGUCUACGACCUAUUAUAGAUUUACGUGUGCUAAAUCGCUCAAUACAAAAGCUCAAGUUCAAGAUGCUGACACUCAAACAGAUUAUACCACAGAUCAGGUCCGAGGACUGGUUUGUGGCAAUAGACCUGAAAGAUGCGUACUUUCAUGUGUCCAUCCAUCCUUCUCACAGGAAGUUCCUCAGGUUUGCUUUCGGGGGCGAAGCUUACCAGUACAGGGUUCUUCCGUUUGGCCUAUCAUUAGCACCCCGCACAUUCACGAAAUGCGUGGACGCAGCUCUGGCUCCGCUGAGGAUCCAGUGCAUUCGCAUACUGAAUUAUAUCGACGAUUGGUUGAUUCUAGCUCAGUCAGAGCAACUAGCAGUUCAGCAUCGAGAUGCUGUUCUGUCCCAUAUGAAGAGGCUUGGGCUGAGGCUCAAUGCCAAAAAGAGUGUGCUAGUUCCAGCUCAAUCCACCAACUAUCUGGGUGUAGUGUGGGACUCCACCACGAUGAAGGCACAUUUGUCUCCCGCUCGGGUGAGUGCCAUUCUUAUGGCUAUGAAAGGGGUGAAGUUAGGCCAGUCAUUCACUGUAAAACAGUUCCAGAAACUGCUGGGUCUGAUGGCAGCUGCGUCCAACGUGAUACCUUUUGGCCUUCUGCACAUGAGGCCCCUACAGUGGUGGCUCAGGACCAGGGGGUUCUCCCCGAGGGGAAAUCCCUUCCGCAUGAUCAAAGUCUCAAAACGAUGUCUUCGUUCUCUGACCAUGUGGAAAGACCCCGUCCUGUCCCAGGGACCCGUGUUGGGGGCCCCUACUCGUCGAGUAAUGCUUACGACGGACGCCUCCCUCACGGGCUGGGGAGCGAUCAUGAGUGGUUGCUCAGCUCAGGGUCUUUGGGAAGACCAUCAGCUCUCUUGGCACAUAAAUCGGCUAGAGAUGAUGGCAGUGUUCCUAGCUCUGAAACACUUUCUCCCAGACCUGAGAGGUUACCAUGUGUUGGUUCGUACGGACAACACUGCAGUGGUUGCAUAUAUAAAUCAUCAGGGGGGUCUGCGGUCUCGCCGACUAUAUUACUUGGCCCGUCAGAUCCUCCUGUGGUCCCAAGGGAAGCUGCUCUCGCUGAGGGCAGCUUACAUCCCGGGACAUCAAAAUGUGGGAGCAGAUGCCCUGUCGAGGCAGGGGCCAAGGCCCGGGGAGUGGAGACUCCACCCAGAAGUGGUGAGUCUCCUAUGGAAAAACUUCGGUCGAGCGGAAGUCGACCUGUUUGCCUCGGGAGAGUCAACCCAGUGUCCGCUCUGGUACUCCCUAACACAUCCAGCACCUCUGGGUCUGGAUGCUAUGGUACAGACGUGGCCGAGGCUGCGCCUGUACGCAUUUCCCCCGAUCGCCCUGUUCCCGGGAGUUCUGGAAAAAGUACGCCGAGAAGGGGCCAAUCUAAUACUGGUAGCCCCAUUCUGGCCAACCAGGAUAUGGUUCUCAGACCUAGUGUCGUUACUCAACGGCUCCUCAAUGGAGCUUCCUCUCAGACAGGACCUCCUGUCUCAAGCGGGCGGCAUGAUUAUACAUCCCCGCCCAGAACGACUGAAACUAUGGGCUUGGCCUCUGAGGGGGCCAGACUCAUAGAUGCUGGUCUCCCAACCGAGGUUGUGGAGACCAUUCUUAAUUCCAGAGCUCCUGCCACGAGGAAGUUGUAUGCCUACAAAUGGAAUUUGUUUUGUACCUGGUGUAGACACAAUAAUACGGACCCUGUCCUUUCUUCUAUUAGCUUUGUGCUAAAAUUCCUCCAGAAAAAAUUCUCGGAGGGCCUAUCUCACUCAACCUUAAAGGUUUAUGUUGCAGCAAUUUCAGCAUAUCAUGCUCCUCUUGAGGGGAAUAUCUCGGUAGGUCGAGACCCCCUCGUCACACGCUUCCUCCGUGGCACACUGAGGUUGAGGCCUCCAGUGCGCACAAGGGUGCCAACCUGGGACUUGGCUGUGGUCUUACAAGGGUUAGCUGAGGCUCCCUUUGAACCACUAGAGGAGGUUCCUGAGAGGUUCCUCACUCUGAAAACGAUUCUUUUAUUGGCUAUCACUUCUCUGAAGCGGAUAGGAGAUUUACAAGCACUUUCUGUUGCUCCCUCUUUCCUUGAAUUUGCUCCAGGAAUGGUGAAAGCAUUCCUGUAUCCUAAACCGGGGUAUGUCCCAAAGGUCCCUACCAAUGUCCCAGGCCCCAUUGUGCUUCAGUCUUUCUAUCCUCCUCCAUUUGAAUCUGCGGAUCAGGAAAAAUUGAAUCUGUUAUGCCCAGUAAGGGCUUUGGAUACUUAUGUCCACAGAGCUGCCCUGUGGCGUAAGUCAGAUCAGUUGUUUGUCUGUUAUGGGUCCCCUAAAAAAGGGGGCCCAGCAUCAAAACAGAGAAUGAGCAAGUGGGUG